GGGGGGGGGGGGGGCGGGGCGGGGCGGCCGAAAAAGGGGUAUGGCCUGGAUUUUCCCAGAGACCGGAUGCGCCCAAUUGCGCGUUUUAUAUGAAGACAGGGACCUGUAAAUUUGGGUUGAAUUGCAGGUUCAAUCAUCCCCCAAAAAGGAGACAUAGGGCCAAGCCGGAGAAACAAUCGGAAUAUGUUCAGACUAUUAAAGCGGCACAUAAGGGAUCUGGUUCAGAAAAGAUGGGUCAAACAACAUGCAAGGAAUUUGGAAAGGUUGGUGAGAAGGAAAAGAAAGUUGCCCAAAAGAGUUUCAGGCCUGAGAAUGCUGAAAAAAAGCAAAAGGGUACUGUACUAAAAAAGGUGGAGCAAACUGAGAAAAAGGUUGGUGAGAAGGAAAAGAAAGUUGCCCAAAAGAAUUUCAAGCCUGAGGAUGCUGAAAAAAAGCAAAAGGGUACUGUACUGAAAAAGGUGGAGCAAACUGAGAAAAAGGCUGUUGAGAAAGAGGAACGGACUCCUUCCAAAAAGAUGGAUCAGGAGAAGGUCACAUUGAAGAAACAAUGGAAGGUUGUUCAGAAAGCCGCUAGAGAAGAGCAUGAAGAAUCUUCAUUGAUAAUGGAGGUACAAACAUCAUGCAGAGUUGAUGAGAAAGAAAAGGAGAUUGCCCAUAGCUUCAUGCAAUUAAAAUGUGAGAAAACAGAGGAAAAACAAAAGGCAAUCCUCUUAAGAACAGUGGAGCAGACAGAGAUAAAGGCUGCUGAGGACAAGCAAUCUUUUCCAGAAAGGAUAGAGCAUGAAGACAAGAAGGUCGACAUCCUAUCAUUACCAGAGGAGAAACAAACUCUUUCUGGAAGAUCAGAGCAGCAAGAUUACAAGGCUGCUAGGGAAAAGGGUAAAGAAACCACUUCAGAAAAGGGUGAACAGACAGAAUUCAAGGCUGGCACAGAGGAGGGUAAAGAAACUACUUUGGGAAAGGGUGGCCUGAUAGAACACAAGGCUGCUGUGGAAAAGAGUAAAGAAACCACUUUGGAAAAGGGUGGACAGAUAGAAUGCAAGUUUUACACAAUGCCAGGAGGUUGUAAGUAUGGGAAAUCCUGCAAAUAUGUUCAUUCUCAAAAGAAAAUGGAAGGCAAUUCAUCAAAAUUGAACUUCUUAGGCCUUCCAAUUAGACUGGGAGCAAAGGAAUGCCCAUAUUACAUGCGUACAGGGAAUUGCAAAUUUUCUACCAAUUGUAGAUAUCAUCAUCCUGAUCCUACUGUCGCAAUGGUUGGACAUGAUCCUCAUUCAGGAUGUCAAAGUAGUGGAUCUAUGCAACAAAGUGCCUUUGGAGCAUCAACAAUGCCCGUGACACCCAGUCGUAGUCAAGGAACACUUAAUGGACCAACUUCUUUUGUAGUUGCAUCACCAGCCUGUUCCCCAGCUUCAAAUUUGCUUUCACAAGGGUUCCAUUCAAAUUCAGAAUGCAAUGGGUAUCAGUCUCUGCGACCAAAAACCCUAUCUCAGUCAGGUACGGAGGGAGGGAAGAUGACGUCUGCAGCAGGUGGAACGCCACCCCAAAACCCUACCCCUCCUGUAGGAGAGGCGGAGCGGCGCCGUUCCCCCAUCCGGAAGAAGACGGCGACGAGAACGAGGGAUGCUAGUGGCAAAGAGGAUGUGGUGAUGGAGGAGGAGAAGGAGGGCGCCUUCCUCCUGGGUGAGCCGACCUUCUUGGACCUGGGUGGCGGGCGUUUGCGGUGCGUGGAGACGGGGCAUGAGCUGCUCGCCAAGGACGAGGAGGCCUACGGCCGCACCAAGGCCUGCCGCCUCGCGCUCAUCGACGCCGCCGUUGCCCAGAAGAAGCCUCCCCUCAACAUGUUCCAACCCCACCCCACCUCCAAGUCGCAGCUGGUGUGCAAGCUGACCGGUGAUUCGGUGAAUAAAUCUGAGGAACAUAUCUGGAAGCACAUCAAUGGAAGGAAAUUCCACAAUAAAUUAGAACAAAAGGAAAUGGAGAAGCAUUCCUCUGCAGAAGCAGUGGAGAAAGACACAAAACAGUCAAAGAAGCAAGUGAAGUCAACUCUGGGUUCUCGCAAUAGAGUUCGGAAGAAAGACAUCAACAUGAAUGAUUCACAUACCAAGAAGACAAAGGCAGAUGAUGAUGAUGAUAUGGUGGAGCCUGAAUUUUGGGUUCCUCCUGUUGGAAGUCGCUGGGACCUUGAUGAUGGAAAAGAUCGUUGGGAUCCUCAAACAAACAUGGUUGAUGAGGCAGAUGAUGGUAGUGGCCUAGAUGGAAUAUCUGAAAAAGAUGACCCAGAAACAAUUGAGCUUUCCAAUCGGACUAAGCGAAUGUCAAUAGUUGUUGGCCCCAGCAGCUUUGCUUCAAGGAAGAAGAAGAUUAAGAAGGCUGCAACCCUUCCAAAUGGUAGUUGAAAUAAGAGCAUUUUGACCUACAAAACUCAUCACUGGUUGUGUCAUUUAUGUGAACAACAUCACGCCAAGAAGUUGCUGAGGAACAUCUGCAUGCACCAUCUCUUUCCAACCGCGCUAUCAAAUGAUCCAUCUUAAGUAAAAGUUAUUGUGAAGCGCCAGUUACUAUCCGUUUCACACUGGCAUAUGGUUUCCAGCAUAAUUAAUAGUGAAUUUGCAGUGAUGAGUUGGUGACUGCAAAAUGUGUUCCCUCUUGAGCAUGUUCAUUUACAUGUAUUAGAUCCUCUAUCGAGAUCCUCUAGUCCUUAUGUUCCUCUAAAUGCUUAUGAUUUAUUUGACUCAUUCUUAUACCAAACCUGCUUACAGGUGAAAUCCUAAUGCAUUUCAUGGUUAUCAUGA